CCAGAGGAUGCCAUUCCCUGGGGAAACCCUGCCAGGGCAGGGGGGCAGCCAGGCACUGUAAAUUGUGGUUAGUUUAAGGCAUUCGCUUACUGGCACCAAAUUAUUUACUUUGCCUCUGAAGAAAGCUCUUCACCUUUGUGAGACACAGCCUUCAUUGCCUGAGGACAUAUCACUUAAUGAUGAAGAGCACAGGACAAGUGCUGUGGUUUGGGUCUCGUGCCUCCACCCCCUCCCCUGCUGAGCCCUAUAACUUUCAGGCUGGACGCCCCUCCAGCCAGGCCAAACCCGCUCGGCUUCCUGCUCUGCAGGGUCCCCACUGAGACGACAUGGCUACCCAGUGCUUUUGUCUCCUGCUUUUCACCUGCCUGCUAGCCCUGGCAACAUCUCUUCCUUUCUUGUACAUAGUAAACUCGCAUAUCUUCAAUGGCACGCUGGAUGAUGUUAAGAACGUUCCCCCGGAGUCCUCCCAGCUCGAUAAUGGUGACAAGCAUGUUCGGCAGGUCAGAGACAUUGGCCCCCACCCACCGGCAGGCCGUGGUUGGCCCAAGGACUGCAGUGAGAUCCCUGCUGGCAGCCACAGCGGUGUCUACAUCAUUCAGCCGAAAGGGCUCCACCACCUCGUGGUGUACUGUGAAAUGAAUAUGACAAACGGGGGCUGGACGGUCAUCCAGAGGAACCAGAAAGACACACCAGUCACCUGGGCCGAGUCCUGGAGCACCUACAAGUACGGCUUUGGGAAUGUGCGCAGCGAGUACUGGCUGGGCACUGAGUACAUCCAUCAGAUCGCCAAGCAGAAGGUCUACCAGGUCAGGUUUAUCAUCCAGGACUCCACAGACAACACCAAUUUCGCAGACUACAACCUCUUCAGUGUGGAAGAUGAGUCCCACGGCUACCGGCUGAGGUUGGGCUCCUACACAGGGACGGCAGGGGAUGCCAUGACCGCAGACAAUCCCAACACCAUGCAUGACAACAUGAAGUUUUCCACAAAGGACCGGGAUCAGGACACUUACAGUAAGAACUGUGCCUACAGCUAUGAGGGUGGGUGGUGGUACUCGGCGUGUUAUUCUGUACGGCUGAAUUUCAAGGGCGGCAUGACAUGGGGCAGCCUGUGCAAAGGGAACUGCAAAUCCUCCCUUAUCCUCAUCAAACCAGCUUCGUAUUGUUAGUGCUUCUUCCCUGUCCUGUCCACGCUGGACAUUCUGUGAAGGCUCUGCAUGGCCAAAGAGCUUGAGCCUUUCUGGAGCAGAGAGGGGAGCCCAAGGGUAGUAGGGUUUUAGUGAAAUGCCACUUUCCAUUUCCCCUCUCUGAGUGCAGGCUCCCCCUCUGCUCAGCUCCUUUCCCCUGUGCUUGCCAAUGAUUCCUUGCUAUUAUGUCCAUAAUGAAGAAUAAAAAAAAUCACUUGUGAAAUGUGUGGAUUCCACAUGUAGCUUUCCUGAGGGAGGAAGACACUCAUCCCUGGAAUGACUUUUCAUCAGAGUGUCUUAGCUGCCUCCAGAACUUGCAAGCAAAAAAGCUAUGUGCCACAAAUUUCCAUAUACUCUGUGCCUCUCUGCAGCACCUGGUAAAGCAUCCCAAUAAAUUUGCUUCCUUGA